AUGUUCUUUCGGGUGGUGAUCUUAUUUGUGGUGUUACUGGAUGUUUUGGUGUGUCGUUCAUUGGGUGCCAAGCAUCAACGGCAACGUCAUCAAUUGGCACGUGAAGUGGAUUAUCGAUAUGAGAGUGUCAGUGAUUUCAGCAGAAGUAGCAGUUGGAUUAAACAGAUGCACGAUACUGAUCAGAAAUCGGAGAAGGGUCAACGACAAAGGCACAACAAACAUGCCCUUCGACUGCUGGCUGCACUGUCAGAAGAAAAUUCAGAGGAUGGUGGAUUGUGGCCUUCUGUGUUCAAUGUCGCCCUUAAGGCAUCAAUUGCAGUCAACGCAACAUGUGGUCAGAAUGGACGUGAAGAAUACUGCAAACUUGUUGAUGCCUAUCCACUCCGGGCACGAGGCUCUCAGUGUGGCAUUUGCGAUGCCAAGAGUCCUGACCAGGAGAAGAGGCAUCCAAUAACCCAUGCAAUUGAUAAGAGUAACAGAUGGUGGCAAAGUCCAACAAUCAGUUAUGGUUCGCAAUACGAACAAGUAACAAUUACUCUGGAUCUUGGACAGGUGUAUCAAGUGCUGUAUUUGAUGAUUAGAGCUGGGAUUUCACCUAGGCCAGCUGCCUGGGUUUGGGAGAGAUCUCUGGAUGGGGUGAACUAUGCUGCAUGGCAGUAUUUUGCAUCAUCUGUCCAUGAGUGUGAACGCCAAUUUGGGAUGCUUGGUCAUACUGGGAAAUAUAUUUUUCGCGAGGAUACAGAAGUCAUUUGUUCCACUCAAUUUGGAAAAGUACUUCCGCUGGAAAAUGGAGAAAUUCAUGUUUCCCUGAUUAAUGGCCGUCCAGGUGCUAAUUCAUCAUCAGCUGAACUUUUAGAGUUCUCUUUGGCACGAUAUGUACGACUGAGAUUUAUUAAGAUGCACUCAAUGAUGACCAAUAGGGCGGUGGAGUGGUUACUGGAUGACAAGGCCAUGGCCAAGAGGAGCUUUUAUUCUGUGAAGUCAAUUAGGAUUGGUGGACGAUGUGUUUGCUCUGGGCAUGCCAAGGAUUGUCACAAUGCCAAUUCAAAGGAUCUGGCCCAGUGUGAAUGCCAGCAUAACACCUGUGGAGCGAAUUGUGAUCGCUGCUGUCCACUUUACAAUCAGCAUCCCUAUCGUCCGGGAAAUGCUACCCAUGCCAAUGAGUGCGAAAUGUGCCAAUGUCAUGGCCAUGCAACUUCCUGCAAGUACAGUCCGGAAGUGCAUCAGAAGGGAUUGAGUGUCAAUAUGCUCGGAGAAGUGUCUGGAGGCGGUGAGUGCGUAAAUUGCCAAAAAUUCACUACAGGCGUUAACUGCGAGAAAUGCUUAAUGGGGUACUAUAGACCCCACAAUACUCCACCGGAUGCCAAAAUUCCCUGCCUUCCGUGUGAAUGCAAUCCACAGGGAGCAUUUGUCGGAUGUAAUUCCAUUGGGGGAGAAUGUGCGUGCCGAGAGGGCUUUUCUGGACCGAAGUGUGAUCACUGCGCAAAAGGAUAUCAAGGAGAGAAUUGCACAAAAUGCGAAUGUGACGUGAGAGGAACAAUGCCAGGAGGUGAAUGUGAGGCUCACUGUCAAUGCAAGCUGCAUGUGGAGGGCAAAAAUUGUGAUACUUGCUCCUCAGGAUUUUUCUCGCUGAGCUCCACAAAUCCUGAAGGAUGCAUCAAGUGUUUCUGUUCAGGUGUUGGAAUUUCCUGUCGAAGUAACGAGAUUGAACUUUCGAGGAUCUCUUCAGCAGAGAACUGGCGAAUGACUGAUCUUUCUCAGUCAAUUGUGGCAUAUCCAUCGAGGGACAAUGCCACAGGCAAUUUAUUCUUUGGCCUGUAUGAAAUGCCCGAAGUGGAGAGUGUCUAUUGGGUGGCUCCAGAAGUCUAUUGUGGUAAUCUCCUGACCAGUUAUGGAUCGAGAUUCCUUGUUGAUAUUUCAUGGGUGAUAAUUCGUGGGGAUACCAGUGGAAAGGCAACAUCCGGUCCUAAUGUUAUCCUCGUGGGAAACAAUGGGAUGAAAAUCGCCUUUGGAGAUGAUGUCUUUAGAAAUUCCAAUACAACUCUGGAAACCUUCCUUACGGAAGACGGAUGGUAUCACAUUCCAACCAGCGUGAAGGACAUUGUGACCCGGCAACGAAGGACAGAAUAUCGCGGAGAUCCAGUCACGAGAGUACAAUUCAUGUCAGUCCUCAGUGAUGUUCAGAAUAUACUCAUUCGUGGCACUUUUCACACCGAUCAAGUGGAAAGUGUCCUCGAGGCUGUAACUCUAUUCAGUGGAGAAACAAUCCUCAGUGAUGAGAGCCUCGUGGAGAAAUGUGAAUGUCCUCCCGGCUAUGAAGGAUUCUCAUGCGAAUCUUGCGCAUUUGGAUAUGUGCGUAUUGUUGAAAAGUCAUCAGCUCAUGAAAAACUCGGCAAAUGCAUUCCGUGUGAUUGCAAUGGACAUGCAGAAACGUGUGAUUUUGAUACCGGAAGAUGCUCAGAAUGCCUCCACAAUACAUUUGGGGAGCGAUGCGAACGAUGUGCUCUGGGUUACUAUGGCAGUGCACUGGAGGGAAAUGUUGAUGAUUGCAAGAGAUGCGCAUGCCCCCUCGAGGAGAGUAGUAAUAACUUUUCGCCAAGCUGCCAAGUGAAAACUCAUGACAUCAACCCGGUGCAUAACUUUGUUUCCAUGGACGGCGUUUUUACGCAAGUUAAUUUUUCCGCCGAUGAUUACAUUUGUACUCAAUGUCCACCCGGGUAUUCCGGAGACAAAUGCGAAAGGUGUGAUAAUGGAUAUUAUGGAGAACCUACAGAAAUUGGCGGGGAGUGCUUACCUUGCCCUUGCUCAGGAGGUCCAUGCCAUCCAAUUACUGGAAGAUGCAUUAUUUGUUUGGGUAAUACGGAAGGGUGGCAAUGUGAAAGGUGCAAGCCUGGUUAUUGGGGAGAUCCAGAAAAUGGAGGCUGCAAUCUCUGUGAAUGCUAUCAGAAUGGAUCAAUCAGCAGCAUUUGUGACUCGGAUACGGGUCAAUGUAUCUGCAAUUCUCGUUUCACUGGACAAAAAUGUGAUGAGUGUGCUGCGGGCUAUGGAAAUGCAUCACUUGAUUGUCCAGCAUGUUUGUGCAACAUGAAUGGAUCAACAACGGGAGUUUGUGACUCCAUCACUGGACAAUGUUCCUGCAAGAACGGCGUGGAGGGUCUCAAGUGUGAUCAAUGCAUGGAGACCUAUCAUGGAUUUGGCGAGAAUGGCUGUCAAGAAUGCCUCUGCAACCGACACGGUUCUUCACACCUACGUUGCGAUCCCAUCACAGGGCAAUGUCAAUGUAAGUCCCACGUGGCGGGAAAAGCAUGCGAUCGAUGUGAAGAUGGAUUUUAUGAUCUUGAGGCCGGAUGUCCUCCUUGUGAAUGCAAUGAAAUUGGAAGUACAAGCAGUAUCUGCAACAUUUACACUGGACAGUGCCAUUGCAAGAAAGGCGUUACAGGACAGUUGUGCGAUGUCUGCCAAGAUGAUCACUAUGGAUUUUCUGUCCACGGCUGUAAAAAAUGCGACUCAUGUCCUACAUCUUCCUACAUUUGUGAUCAAGAUACUGGUCGAUGUAUUUGUCCGCCCCUAAGCCGAGGUUCUGAGUGCCAGCAGUGCGUCCAGAAUGCGUGGGGCUGGCAGCAUAGAAUUGGCUGCCGGGCUUGUGAAUGUGAUCGAAUAGGCAGCAUCGGGCAGGCCUGUGAUCCUCUUACUGGUCAGUGUUCCUGUCGUGAGGGUUUCUCAGGCAGAAAUUGCAAUCAAUGCUCUCCGGGUUACUUUGGCUAUCCGCAUUGCACUAGAUGCGAUUGCGAUGUAAGAGGAUCGGUUCGAAAGCCAUGGCAGGAGACAAUUGAAUGUGACUACAUUGGACAGUGUCCCUGCAAGGAACUUGUGACUGGAUUGAAAUGCAAUCAGUGCCGCCAAGCAACAUUUGGCCUCUCAGCACUCAAUUCCGAAGGCUGCACACGAUGCUACUGUUUUGGGAGAUCACAGGAAUGUGUCCAGAGUCGCCUGUCAUGGGGACAAAUUCGCCAAAGUGGAGCUAGGAAUCUUAGUGUGGAGUUUAUUACGCCAUUUCGUCCUUCCGCUCAGGACUAUGACUAUGUGAUUGUUGUGCAAAUGGAGGGAGCCACUAUGCACAAAGAAGAUGCGGAAAUUGAAAAAAUGGGUCGCAUCAGCCUAAUUCCCAGAUCAACUGGAAACGUUUCCAUUGGGGCCUACUCCAAAUUCUACAAUCCCCUUUAUUUCCAACUUCCACCGGCAUUCUUUGGAGAUCAAACCCGAAGUUACGGGGGAUUUCUUCACUUCACCCUCACAACUGAUGGGUGCGACACGAGGCUCAGUGAAGAUGUCCUUAGGAAUUAUCCGCUCGUUCAAAUACACUCACAUGGGAAUUUUGUCUUGGAAUACUUUGGCCAAGAAAUUUAUGACACCUCACCAAAUAUCACUUUCAGCAUUCCAAUCACCGAACGGUUUUGGAUUCAUCGACAAUUCGAUCAUGAGUACAAUGUGACCAGGGGAAUGAUGAUGACCGCUCUUCAGAAUAUUCAGCACAUUUUUGUUCGUGGUACUUCAUGGGCGGACUUCACUCAAGUGGUCAUCAGUGGUAUUAGCUUGGACACAGGCAUUUUUCUAGCCGGAUCGACAAAUAAUAUUGCUCUUGGAGUUGAAAUGUGUGAAUGUCCAAAGAAAUACGAUGGAUAUUCUUGUCAGGAUCCAGCUGAGGGAUUCUAUCGCUGGAGAAAUGUCACAAGCGUAGAGAUCAGUACGAAUCUUGAAGAGAUCUUUGGCUAUGCUGUUCCCUGUAGCUGCAACGGUCGGAGUGAGACAUGCGAUCGAGAGACUGGAGUCUGUUUGAAUUGUCGUGAAAACAGUGGAGGGCGCUUUUGUGAGGUAUGCGCUGAAGGAUUUUAUGGGAAUCCCAAUUCAGAUCUCGGUUGCUUGGCUUGUCCUUGUCCAGAGACCAGGAAGAAUUUCGCUCGCGGAUGUCACGUCCACGACAAUAUUGUAAACUGUAUUUGCAAGCCUGGGUAUACUGGACCGAGAUGUGAACGCUGCCUUCCGGGCUUCUUUGGCUCACCAGAAGACGACGAAGGCUUCUGUGAAGCAUGCGAUUGUAACCUAGAGGGAAUUGUUUCUAGUGAAUGUAAUGAAGUAACUGGUCAAUGCAACUGUCGCCCAGGUAUAUUUGGCAGACGCUGCGAUCAGUGCGAGGAAGAUAGGCAUGUGAUUCAGGGUGGAAGGUGUCGAUUGUGCGACAAUUGCACUCUAACGUUGUUAGAUACUGCGGAUGAUAUUGAAGAUUCGCUACUAAUGCUGGAGAAUCAGAUCAAUUCAAUUGAGAUCGUUGCACCUUGGGAUACAAUUGAAGAAUUUGAACUUGAGAGUGAUGAUUUGAUUGAGGCUUUAGAGAGAUAUGGAAAGAGAAGGCAUGUUCUUGAACGAUACAAUGAUACGAGAUUCGAUAAAAUGGCUUCGAGAGCUAACAAUUUGUUCAAUCGUGGUACAAAAUUGGCCUCAAAGGCUGAAAAAAGGAUAAAUAGCGUAGAUACGCUGAAAAAUAGCGCAAAUGAAGUUUUAAAUCAUGUAAAUUCGAUAAGUGAAAAAAUUCAGGGAACUAUUGAAGAACUGAAUACUUAUGGGACCCAUGAUCAUCAUACAAAUCUCCCAGCAGCUCUUGCUGAAGCCUCGAAGUAUCUACAGGAAAUCAAAGGAAAUGCCAUCGGGGGAAACUCCGUAAAUGGCGAGAUUCCUUGUUGGAAACGUCAGCAUAACGACUGGCUAAAUAUGUCUAAGUUAGCUCGGCAACAGUAUAAAAAUCUGACAAAUUUGAAGAAAAACUUGGUAGAAUUCGGACAGAGAGUCGACGAAUUUAUGGACUUUUAUGGAAAUACCUCGAAGUACAUGGAGAAAUCCGAUGAUCUUCUUGAAGAUGCCGCUACGGUCCUCGAAGGACUCCUCGAAAAGUAUGAAAAAAUUCAAAGUUUGAAAAACCAAAUUUCAGAGUAUCCUUAUUUGAACAAAAAAUCCGCCUUCGACACAAUGGCCAAUGAAAUAACUGAAAACGCUGAAGAUCUCGAGCGGGAUAUCUACGAUAUGGGAUUACUCUGUGAAAAUCUCAAUAACACUCUUUCUGAGGCUGAUGAGAAACUCUUCAAUUUGAAGGUUCACAUUCUACCUAAAGCUAGAAUUCACGCAGAAGAGCUGAAGAAGAAGGCUCAGAGGGGUAAAGAUCUCUUUCAGGAUGCUAAGAAGGGAGCCGAAGAAGCUCUCAAGGCAACUACAGUCUACAAAAAUAUCACACAACUUGUAGAAGAUGCCAAAACAGCGGCAAAAGAAACUAAAGAUGCAGCAAUUAAGGCUCAAAGUGAACUUUCACCUUCAGGAAAUGUUUCUCUUGUGGAUAUUGCAACGACAUCGCUGCAGGACUCGCAAUCCAUAAUUGAGGAAGCGGUAAAGGAAAAGAAAAAAAUUGACGGUCUUAGGGAAUCUCUGGAGGCUUUUCAGGAUGUGGUAAAAAAUACAAAACAUACAAUUUUCAAAACGGGGAUUGAUAAUAAUCGUGUAAUGGAUAAAUUGACUAAUUUGUCGAAUGCUGAUUCAAUGAAUACGAUUAGAAACAUGAAAGAGACAUCUGAGAAGAUUUCAACUCAGAUGCAGGAUGUUCAUCGUGUAGCUGAAGAUAUGAACAGUGGGGUUUAUCUUCUGAAAGCCAAAUUGCAGACUCUUCAGCCAGAUUGGGAGACAGAUUUGGGAUUUGCCCAGGAGAAUGUAUCCGUUACGACAAGUAGCAUAAAAGCAGCUAAUAAUUUGCUAUUGGGAAUGGAAAAAAUGGCAGAGACUAAUAAUAAUAUUGUCCAGCAAUGGAAUGAUACUUUAGCAGCCCAAUUGAAAGCUCUCAAGGAUAAAAUAGCCAGAGCUAAGCAUGCAGCUGAGGGAAUUCGAGUGUCUAUUGAAUCUGAAAAUGGGGAUUGCAAGAGAUCCUACAUGCCACAGACUUUUGGUUUAACCACCUCAAAUACGAUUAAAAUGUCCAUUGCUCUGAAUCGCAACACAAAUGAUUCCAGUCUGAUCUUCAUCCAAGGAGAAGAUCAGAGAUUUAUUGCGGUGGAAAUGGUCAAGAGUCGAAUAAGGUUGGUGUGGAAUUUGGGUGGGAAAACAACCAUUGUUACCCAUCCUAUGGAAAUUGUUCGGAAAGAUCCUAAGCUAGAUGAAGCUUGGUAUCAAAUUGAAGCCAAUCGUACAAUGAAUAUUGGAAGUCUGACCGUGCGUCAGAUGACAAGUUCUGGAGUUUUCUCAAAUUCUUCACUUGAAUCCGGAGACAGUGGUAUUGAGUACACGAGAUUCAGUCUCUCACCUGCCAAUAGGAUUUGGAUUGGGGGUGUUCCUCGAGAGAUUCGACCACCACAAUUGACAAACCGUGAGGGUUUGGGGGUUAUUGUACAUCAACUAUACAUCGAUUACAAGCAAUAUGGUUUGUGGCACUUUGCCCACAGUGAAGGGGAAUGUGGGGGUGCAAUGUUGGGUCCUCAACAAUCUACAUCAACUAUAAAUGCCAGGUACUUCAAUGGAGAGGGUUAUUCCGUGGUGAGGAAGACGAGAGCGAGACCCUACAGGAAAACGCUCUUCUCGGUGCAAAUGCAGUUCCGGACGAGGGACGAAAAUGCUCUACUUUUCCUCACAGUUGAUGAGAAAAAUAAUCGAUCAAUUUCCCUGACACUGCAUGAGGGUCGGAUUGUUUUCCGAAUUGAUUAUGGUGGGGAAAUAAAGUUGGAGAUAAAUACCACGAAGAAAUUCAAUACGGGCAGAUGGGUGAAUGUGGCUGCAGCGAGGGAAUUUAGCAAAGGCAGUACAGAAAAUGGGAGUCUAAUUGUGGACAAGGAGAAUCACACAGGUUCACCAACAGCUCCAAUUGGACUAGAUUCUCUGCCCAAUUUAUCCAAUACCAGUUACUACGUGGGGGGUGUUCCGCCAGGCUUCAAGUCCGGUACUUCUAAAGCUCCAGGUGCUGAUCAUGCAUUUUUGGGCUGUAUGAAGGACAUUCAGAUAAAUCAAGAAACUUACGAUCCUCUCGAUAGUUCCAAUUACUUUGGCGUUGAGCCAUCGUGCAAAGAAACCAUUGCCAGAGCUGGCUUCUAUGGCAAUGGAUUUGUGGAACUCCCAUCCCAUUCCUUGCUACGAAUUGCGAAUUUUGCAUUUGUCUUCAGAACACUCCAGCCGGAUUGUCUUCUGCUUCUGGCUGGUUUUCCCCAGAGAGUCCUCAUGGACUAUGAUGAGAAAGACAGAAGGGGAAAUUAUUCUGUUUGGCUGGAAGAAGGACAUGUGAAUCUGUGGAUAAAUGCUGGAAGUGGAGGGAUUCACUUAACAUCGGAAAUGCUAGUGAAUGAUGGAGAAUAUCAUGUUGUGAGCGUAACGAAGACAAAGAGGAAACUUCAAUUGCGAAUUGAUGAUAAGCUUCAAACAUCCAAGCACUUGCCAAAUGCAUCGAGUCAGGUAACACUACCAGAAGAGGAAGGUGGGAUGUUUUUGGGUGGAGUUCCGCUCGACGAUGAGUACAGUGAUCUACCACCGAGGGAUAAAAUUCCUCUCAAAGGUGCCAUUCAGGAUAUUGUGUUCAACAAUCACACAAUUUCUCUGGGAAAUCCAGUGAAUUUUGUUGGGGUUCAAUUGGGAAGGAAUGGCCCAUUUAUGGGGGCCAAUGGACAUCUUCAUGAGGUUCUAAUGAAGACAGAACCCAUUGGAAAGAGUUUUACGCCACCUCCAGAAGGCUGUCACAGGGUGGGAAGUUAUUCAUAUGAGCCGAAUGCUUUUAAAUUUGGAGAUGGAUCUGGCAGUCACUCCAUCAUUAACAUCCCUGGGAGGCAUCUGUGGCAGAAGAAUUUCAACAUUCAGUUUCAUUUCCGCACCUUCUAUCCCAAUGGCGUCCUUUUUGUGGCGCCAGGAUCGAAGGAGAAGCAGAAGCACUACAUUGUCCUGAUGCUGAGGGAUGGGCAUGUGCUGCUGGUGGUGCGAGGGAGGAGACGAGAAGAGAGGAGGCUUCCACUGAAGCUCAAUGACGGUCACUGGCAUCAUGUGGCACUGAGUAGUGUCGAUAGGAAAGCGACAUUGAGUGUGGAAGCAGGAGGAAGUCGACACAAUAGCUCAGCUCAACUUAAACUUCCAAAGAGGAUUAGUGCAGCAAAUGCAAUGUUUGUCGGGGGAAUUUUCGAUAAUUCCCUAUCUCUUCCUUCCGAAAUGAUCGCAAAAUUGGAAGAUUUUAAGGGUUGCAUCCGACGAUUUAGCGUUAAUAAUGUGACUCAAGAUCUUGCUCGACCAGGAAAGCAUCUCAAUGUCGGACAGUGCUUCCCACGGAUUGAAAAAGGAUCAUACUUUCCAGGAGACGCUUUUGCAACAUAUAAGCGCGUCUUUCACGUGGGAAAGUACUUAGAACUGGAGCUUGAUUUCCGGACAUCCGAAUUGAAUGGCAUCCUUCUGAGUGUAUCAGAAGGAAAUGGCUAUCCGGCUCUCUCCCUGGAAGUCUUCAUGGGGAAAGUUGUGAUGUCCUGUGACUUUGGCGAUGGCAAUCCCUUGAGAGUGGAAACUAGUUUACCAUCGAAAUUUGCCUUGUGUGACAAUCAAUGGCAUACGGUGUCAGCGUUCUAUGAUUCGGAACAGUUGGCGCUCCGCAUUGACAAUCAGCCCACUCUCCUCACAGUGGCCUCCCACCAACCACCCAAUACAUCCCGGAUGAUUCACACCAAAUCUCCACUCUAUAUUGGCGGACUUCCAGAAAACGCUUCGAGCGGAACCCUAUUGAGUCGGGAGAACUUCAAGGGUUGCAUCCGGAACGUGGUGAUACGCAAUGAGAUUAGGGACUGGACGGAUAUGGAUGGUCUGACCAAUGUGUUGCUGAGUGAAUGUCUGACCACGGGCAAGUGAGGUGAGUGAUUUAUUCUGCAAAAUGUGCCUUCGAGAGGCUUCCUUCUGCCAAAACAUCAUUGAGCUGGAGGAGAUUUUCUGCCGGAGGGGAAAGGUUUAGAAAAAAAAACAUCACAACGAACCCACCAUUUGACCUUGGUGACUAAAAACAAAUUGUCACAUGUUCAUCGAAGGUCAAUGUUUCACGUGUGCUGCUAAAGAGAAAAAGAAAAGUUUUGCACUUUUCUUAUUUCGUAAGAGUGAAAUGAAUGAUAAAAGUGGAAAAUGUGUUCAGAAACUCAAUAGUUCUCUUCUAAUUUACAAUUUAUUUUUAAAUUAAUUUUGUCUAAUUAAUACGCUAAUAACUGCCAUAAAGAAAUUUGUAUUUUGACAAGACUAAAACAGAAAAGGUCCUCUAUACAGUAAAUUAAAGCAAAAAUAAUUAUAUAGAUGUUUAUCUUAUGGACAGAAAGAACCAAAUUGAAAUUGUAGAUGGAGAAAGAGAAAAAUCGUAAAAUAUUUAAUACGAUUUCUUUCUUUCAUUUUCGUGACAAUAAUAAUUCAUCUGUGCCAAGUUUUUUUAUAUAAUUUUUCUUUCGCCAGAAAAAAAAGUAUAAAAUGAAGAUUUUUUUUCUAAAUGUAUUGCAUACUAAUUUAAGAUAGUUUAUUAAGGCUAAAUUAUUUUCACUGUAAUUUUCCUAUAAUAUAAAUAUUUAUGCAAAUGA